AUGAACGUGCCCGAGGGCACCCCGAUGGACACGAGCGUGUCGGCCGUGGAGCAAGCCCGCUGCCUCCCGCCUGGCAAGCUGCGCCAGGAGUACCUGGACCUCCUUGAGCUGCUCGGCCACGGCCGCUUCCAGCUCAGGGUCCUCUUCUGCGCCCACCUGUCCCUCGUCAUGUUGCUGUUCCACAACUGGUCUGUGCACGUGCUGACGCAACCCGUGGACCACUGGUGCAAGCCGCCCGCGCUGUUCGCCCACCUGACGCGCGAACAGUGGCUCAACGUAAGCGUACCAAUUGUGGAGGACUCGCACGGCAACCGGCACCACAGCCUGUGCGCCAUGUACGAUCUCAGCACCAUCGUGUUCAACGGUUCGCGCUUGGAGGUGCCCUGCGACGCGUGGGACUACGACCUGCCGCCCGACACCAACACGGUGGUGUCCAAGUGGGACCUGGUGUGCGAGCGCGCGUCGUACGUGCCGAUGACGCACGCGUACUACACGGUGGGCGGCGUGCUGGGCGCCCCGCUGCUGGGGCAGCUGGCCGACCGCGCCGGCCGCCGGCCCGUGGUGUUCGGCGGGCUGCUGCUCUCCAUGCUGUCGGUGUUCAUGGCGACGGCGGCCGACUCGUUCACCUCGUUCGUGGCCGCCCACGCGCUCGUCGCCCUGUCCGCGACCGUCGUCCACGUGCUCACCUCCGUGCUGCUGUUCGAGAGCUCGUCGUCGGCCUACCGGACGCUCUACAUUGCGGCCGCGGAGACGGGCGCCCCGCUGAUGCACGCCGCGUCGCUGUGCCCGUGGCUGCAGCGCAUGGACCUGCGCGUGGCGCGGGUCACGCUCGUCCUGAGCAUGAUCCUGCUGUCGCUCGCCUUCCACGCGGUGGCCGAGUCCCCCCGCUGGCUGCUCGCCGUGGGCCGCUACGACGCCCUGACCGCGGUGCUGACACGGCUCGCCCAGGAGAACGGCGUCCAGCUCGGCGACGUCUGGCGCCUGGUCCACUACGCCGAGGUCGUCAAGCCCAUGCAGGCGGGCAUGCCAUUUCGGCUCUCCGAUGUGCUGCUGCAUCCGGAGCUGCGCGCCCGCACCGUGGCGCUGUCGGUGGUGUGGUUCUGGUGCUCCUUCACCGUGUACUCGAUUGCCCUGGUGCGACCUAGAUCGACGACGGGCAUGCUGCACCUGGCGCUUGUGCUCCUGCUGCUGGUGCCCGUGUACGCCACGGGCUACCCGCUGGUCACCAGGUGGCCCCGCUGCACGAGCCUCCACGUGGCUCUGAUGGUGGCGUCCGUGGUUGCGGCCACAGCAGGAGCCGCCGCCUACUACGAGAACACGCUCAUCGCCGAGGUGAGACCGCCUCUCUCCGUCUCGCUCUAUCCGUUGGCGUCGGAAUGGAGAUUCGCGGUGCAAUGA